UCUGCCCCACCCUGACCGCAAAAAGCACAGAGAAACAAUGAAGAAGCAGAUUUCUCUUCCUUUACCCAUCCUCUUUUGCCCUUAUAUGGGUGAUAAGGAGAAAAUAAUGAGUAGCUAGGACAGAGUGUGAAUAGAAGGACUGAUACUGCAGCGAAAGCGUGUUGCAAUAGUCCGGCGCUUCAGAAGUUACAGAAAUCCUGAUAAAAGUGUUUGCUGCUCAAAAUUUGGCGGGUGACAGGACUGCUAUAAAAUGAAUGAAACAGAUGAUCUGUACAAUGAGAGCAUCACAAACAGCACUGAGAUCACCGAAACCAAUCACCUGCUGAACCUUAGGGUGUUCCUCCACGCUGUGAUAUGUGUGCUUGGUGUUUUGGGGAACACGCUGGUGAUUUUUGUGACAGGAUUCAGAGUGAAGAAAACGGUGGACACGGUUAUGUUUCUGAACUUAGCAGUGGCUGACUUUCUCUUCACGUUUUUCCUGAUCUUUAACAUCACAUACUUGGCCAAAGACUUUGACUGGCCUUUCGGUGAAUUCAUGUGCAAGGCUUACAGCUUGGUGUCUGUGGUUAAUAUGUACGCAAGCAUCUUCCUGCUGACAGCCAUCAGCGUAGACCGCUGCCUGUCCACGUGGGUGGUCGUGUGGGUCCAAAACAUGAGAACCAUCUUCAAAGCCAGAAUGACCUGCGUCGUCAUAUGGUUAACAUCAAUCUGCCUUAGCCUUCCCUACUUCAUCUACAGGAAAACACAUUUUAAUCAAACAGAAAAUAUAACAAGUUGCUUCCUAGACCUUCCAGAGACCUCAAGAUUAACCAUUUACAAAUCCCUGAUAGUUUUCCGCUUUGUGGUGGGUUUCCUCGUUCCCAUCAUUAUAAUCACAGGUUCUUACGUGGCCAUCGGUGUACGCAUCAGACGUCUCAGACAUAAGACACUAAAGCCCCUUAGAACAAUACUGGCUGUGAUCUUAGCCUUCUUCUUCUGUUGGCUUCCCUUUCACAUUUACUGGUUUAUUGACUUAUGGGCUAAUGAAACAAAGGGAAAGGAUGAAAACAUGGACCUUGACGAUUUCAAGAAGGUUUUAGAUGUUGUAGGCCCCUUGGUCACCGGCCUAGCCUUCUUAAACAGCUGCCUGAAUCCCUUCCUGUAUGUGUUCAUGUGUAAAGAGUACAAAACUAAGCUUAAGCAGUCUGUGCUGUUGGUGCUUGAAAGCGCCUUUGCUGAGGAACACUUGUUCUUACUGGUGUCUCAGUAUUCCCUUUCCCAUCGCAAAUCCCAUUCCCAGAAUGUUCCAGACACAGAAGAUACUCAGUGUUCGGCAGAUAAAACAUAGAUCGUGACUGUAC